AUGAGUGAUUUGGAAAUGUCCGAGCCUGAACCAUUUCAAUCCGGUGGUUCAGUAUUUAUCCCCGAUGAAAAUGAAUAUGAUUCUGAAGCCGAUGAUGUGGCUAUUCAACAAAACGAAUUAUUAACAGAAUCAGCCUUCCAAAGCCAAUGUAAAGAUUCCGAAAAUUUUGAUAUAGAUGUAAUAGCUUUCUUUCAAACAUCUUGUGUCAAAUUCAAGUCAAAUUCAAGUCAAAUUCAAGUCAAAUUCAAGUCAAAUUCAAGUCAAAUUCAAGUCAAAUUCAAGUCAAAUUCAAGUCAAAUUCAAGUCAAAUUCAAGUCAAAUUCAAGUCAAAUUCAAGUCAAAUUCAAGUCAAAUUCAAGUCAAAUUCAAAUACCAAAUUCAAGUCAAAUUCAAGUCAAAUUCAAGUCAAAUUCAAGUCAAAUUCAAGUCAUUCAAGUCAAAUUCAAGUCAAAUUCAAGUCAAAUUCAAGUCAAAUUCAAGUCAAAUUCAAAUACCAAAUUCAAGUCAAAUUCAAGUCAAAUUCAAGUCAAAUUCAAGUCAAAUUCAAGUCAAAUUCAAGUCAAAUUCAAGUCAAAUUCAAGUCAAAUUCAAGUCAAAUUCAAGUCAAAUUCAAGUCAAAUUCAAGUCAAAUUCAAGUCAAAUUCAAAUACCAAAUUCAAGUCAAAUUCAAGUCAAAUUCAAGUCAAAUUCAAGUCAAAUUCAAGUCAAAUUCAAAUACCAAAUUCAAGUCAAAUUCAAGUCAAAUUCAAGUCAAAUUCAAGUCAAAUUCAAGUCAAAUUCAAGUCAAAUUCAAGUCAAAUUCAAGUCAAAUUCAAGUCAAAUUCAAGUCAAAUUCAAGUCAAAUUCAAGUCAAAUUCAAGUCAAAUUCAAGUCAAAUUCAAGUCAUUCAAGUCAAAUUCAAGUCAAAUUCAAGUCAAAUUCAAGUCAAAUUCAAGUAAAAUUCAAGUAAAAUUCAAGUAA